AUGAAUUCUACAGUCGACAGUCAUUCCGAAAGUGACUCCAAAUCAAGCACAGUUAUUUUAUUUCUCUCAUUUUCAGUCUUGUCCUCAUGUAUAUACAAAAUCAUACUAUCGAAGUUUUUGAAAAAUAAAAUUCCUCUGCCAUUCACGGUUGUUGUUCUUCUCAUUGGCUUUAUCAUUGGUAUUAUUGCAGCACGCGUUGAUAAUCCAGGUGAUGAUUUCUUAUAUGGUGAAAUUGAAUUAAGUCAAAUCAAUCCUCACUUGAUGUAUUACAUCUUUUUACCAUUGUUAAUAUUCGAUUCAUCGUUUAACGGCCACUUUCAUGUGAUCAAACAACAACUAUUAUCAGCUAUUCUUCUCGCUGGUCCUGGCGUGUUUAUUUCCACUGGAGUUAUCGCCAUAUGUGGAAUCUAUAUCUUUCCAUACGGUUGGUCAUGGUUAGUUGGUCUCAUGUUUGGAAGUAUCUUAAGCGCCACUGAUCCCAUCGCUGUUGUUGCUCUGUUGCAUGACUCAGGUGCAAGCAAAUCUCUAGCUGCGUUGAUCGACUCCGAAUCGUUGUUGAAUGAUGGUUCGGCGUUUGUGAUAUUUCUCAUCUUUCAUGAUAUACUUGUCACGGGUAAUCAUGGUGCAAAAAAGAUCGUUGUGGACAUCGUUAAGUACAGUAUUGGUGGGCCUGCAUUCGGUUUGGCUUGUGGGGUAAUCAGUGUAUUUGUCUUGAAUCGAAUCAAUAACGAACUGGAAAUCGAAAUAGCAUUUACAUUCGCUCUGGCAUAUUUGAUAUUCUACGUGUCUGAUGUCGAAUUGGGUGUAUCAGCCGUUCUUGCUGUUGUUUUCAUGGGCUUAUACAUGAGCAAAUACAAAUACUGUAUUAGCAGCAAUGUUCAACCAGCCAUGGCAAGUGCUUGGAGAGUCGUUACUUAUUUUAUCAAUGUUCUCAUCUUUACUGUCACUGGUAUUAUUCUCGCUAGACUAUUCAUCGGUACUGCUACUGAUAUUUCUGCGAAAGAUUUCGGAUUCUCCAUUGCUUUGUAUAUUAUGAUUCACAUUGGACGACUGGUAACGGUUAUCAUAUUAUAUCCAUUAAUGAAGUGCUCGGGUGUUCAUUUAUCAUGGAAGGAUUGUGUGAUUUUGACAUGGAGUGGUCUACGUGGUAGUAUGUCACUUAUAUUAGUGUUGAUCGUCAGUCUUGAUACAGAAAUCGAAACAAUCACACGUCAUCGUUUUCUAUUUCAUAUCUCAAUGAUUGUCUUACUGACUUUGAUUAUUAAUGGAACAAGUAGCAAAUAUUUAGUGAAGAUUUUAGGCUUACACCACGGUACAAAAGAAAGUGAGAUUGUUCUUUUACAAGCAUUCGAACAUGUCAGACGACAAACAUCGUGGAAAUUAACGAAAAUGAAAGAAGACGAAAAGUUCGCAGAUGUUGAUUGGACGAACUUAACCGAAUACUUGCCUGACAAACUAUUGGAAGAAUUAGAUGAAGAAAAUCACACCAAUUACCAUCAACAAUUGUCACGAGUGACAAUGGAAAGUUCCUCAAUGUCAGCUCCACAACCAUCUAAUCAAACUACACCUUUGGAUUAUGAUUCACAACCAAAUCCCACUGUAGGCAAGACAAAAGAUUUCGUUGUACCAAUUACAGAUGCCAAUCACCAUGGUGAAAAUAUUCGUAAUGAAUUAAUCACUCGUUUCCUUACGGCGAUGGCGAUUGAUUAUGAGAAACAAUGGUAUUUGGGUAUGAUUCGUCGAAAAACACUCAACAUUCUCAUUAAAUCGGUCGAACAAGCUAAACAAAAAUGUUCACUUGAACUUCAUUGGAAACUUAUUCUUGAACAUUUUCGAUUAUCAAUCUUUCUUCGAUAUCUCAUCAAAUUUGAUCGUUUUCGUUGUAUUAAUCAAUGGACAGAUGGAUUAUUCUUCGAUCAUAUUUUCCAAACGAUUGAAUUGACUUUGAGUUUUCAUUCUGCUAAAACUCGACUUGAUAAUAUUCGUUUACAAUUUCCCGAACUAGGUAAUUUGAACGAACGAAUCAUGGAUGAAAUCUGUGAUGAAGUGAAGACGUAUCAAAUCAAUGCCAUGUAUAUUCUCUUGGACUUGAAACAAUCCUAUCGAUUAUGUUGGAUUGUUCAAAUGACACGACGAUGUGCUCAAAUGCUUCUAAAAUAUGAAUCAAUUGCGAUUAUUCAGUUGUAUGAAACAGGUAUUCUUGCAGAUAAUGAAUAUUCACACAUAUUGAAAUUAAUUGAGAAUAAAUUAUUCAAUCUCGAAUAUGGGAAGAUCCGAGUGUUUACAAAUCAAAAGAAAGAAUUCGAAAAAGCAAUUUAUUUACUUCGAUACUUUCGAGGACUUUCAUCGAUCGAAAUAAAUCAAUGGGAAACAUUAUUCAAAUCUCGACAUCGAUGGUUUCAACCUGACAGCAAUCUUUUAGAAAGAAAUCAAAAAGUCACAAAUGCUUAUCUAAUUAUUCGUGGUCUUGUUCAACAUAAAAAUGGUACAUUAACUACUUAUUAUAAAUGUGGAAAUAUCAUCGGAGCUGAUGCCUUUUUUAAUAACAAAUCCUCAUCGAAUGGAACUUAUUAUGCAAGUUGUGGACUCGUGGAAACAUUUGUGAUUGACGCAGUGGUGUUGCAUAGUUUAUUAUCUGAUGAGAAAAUAUCUCGUUCGAUCUAUAAUGAAAUAACCGCACAUGUGAUUACAAAUAACUAUCGAAGUUUAGUACAAUUAACUCAUCCACAACUGAAAACUUUCCUAAAUGAGAAAGCGAUGUUUUAUAAAAAUCAAUCGAAUCUAACGAUUGAACUUCAAGCAAAUCAACGACUACUUCUCUUAUCAGGAACAAUUUCUUGUUAUUCAAACAAUGAUCAACGAACAGAAUAUCGAUCAAUGGAUUUGAUUAUUUUUCCUUCUCCGAUAAUGUGCGAACUGAAUUCAUCGAGUAUCGCUUAUACAUGGGUGGAUGAAGACGAACUACGUUACUUAAACUCCAGAAAUUAUAAAAAUCCAUUUUCCAUGGCAAAUACUGAUACGAAUUUAGUGGAACCAUUCUAUCCAUUGUAUUUAGGUGACUCGAUCGAAUUUACCCCGCGACGACAUUCAGGGUCGAUGACACGUCCGAUUGAAAAUUUAAAUAAUCUACAAUUCAUUCCAACUGAAAUAGAUAUUAACAAUGAAGGCGAUAUCCCCAUGCACAUUUCUUAG